AUGUAUGCUCAGAGUCCUCAUCCAGCAGGUAGUUUACAAGACUAUAGAACAGCCUUAUAUACUGCUGAACAGUUCAAGUCUUUUGGUAUUCAUGCACAGAUUAGUGAAUAUUAUCCAUUACUCUCAGUACCAAUUCAUCGUCACUUGAGUAUUCAAUUGCCAUUGAAAGGAAUCAAGAGAUUAAAUCUCACAGAGAGUUCGAUUCCUGGAGAUUCAUGUACAAACAAUCAAGAUGCAUUGCCUCCAUAUUUUGGAUACUCAGAUUCAGGUAAUAUUACAGCAUCAGUCAUAUAUGUGAAUUAUGCAAGACCUAUGGACUUUCAGUGGUUAAAAGACAAUAACGUGACGUUAGAAGGCAAAAUUGCAUUAGCACGGUAUGGAAGUAAUUUUCGUGGAGUUAAAGUGAUGCUAGCAGAACAACAUAAGAUGGUUGGUGUUCUCAUUUAUUCGGAUCCACUUGAUGAUGGAUAUGCUCAAGGACCGGUCUAUCCAGAUGGUCCAUGGCGACCAGAAGGAUCAUUUCAACGUGGAUCAGUGCAGUACAACUCUAUUUAUGGUGGUGAUCCGCUUACUCCAGGCUUCCCAUCCCUACCUGGUGAACCUUACCUGAGCAAGGAAGAGAGCAAAACAAUUCCACAUAUCCCAGCACUUCCUCUUUCGUACGGUCAGGCUCGCUACAUUCUCGAGUUAUUGGGGGGCAAGAAAGCUCCAGAGACUUGGCAAGGUGCUCUUAAGCUUGAUAAUGGUGGCUAUUAUGUGGGUGACGAUGAAGCUACGGUUUUGAAUAUGGAUGUGGCCAUGGACAAUAGUAUUGGACCUAUUUGGGACGUUAUCGGUACCAUUGAAGGCACGGAGGAGCCCGACCAGAUGGUUCUGAUUGGCAAUCACCGCGACGCUUGGGUAUGCGGAGCUGUGGAUCCAUCUAGUGCGUCAGCUGUCAUGCUGGAGAUUGCUCGAGGGCUGGGUGACUUGUUCAAAGAUGGCUGGAAACCUCGUCGUACUCUUAUAAUCGCUUCUUGGGAUGGCGAGGAAUUAGGCUUGCUCGGUAGCACAGAAUAUGCAGAGGACCAUGCUGAGCUGUUGAAGAAGCAGGCUGUAGCGUAUGUCAACGUAGACAAUUUGGUCGGCCCCUUUGUGAGCUCUGGAGGCACACCGUCCAUUGCAAAGUUCCUGCAGGAAACGGCCCAGCUUAUUCCAGGCAACCCGUUUUACGGCGUGAAUGUCACGGAGAGCUUGUAUGAGCAGUGGGUGAAUCAGACUGCUGUUCGACGAUCAAGUCUUGAAGUUGGCGCCGAUGAUCGAACUCUAGCCCCGGACCACUUGAUUCAAUUCUUAGGCUCCGGCACAGAUUUUACAGCCUUUUAUCAGCACCUUGGCAUUCCCUCGGCUAAUCUGGGCUACACUAUCGGCAGUGCGAUGUACGGCACGUAUCACAGCACCAUGGAUAGCAUUCCGUAUGUGAGAACUGUGGGCGAUCCGCACUACGCGACGCAUACUACGAUGGCAAAGUGUGUUGACUACUCGGCACUUCACGAAGCGAUUAGAAAGUUCAGCAGCAACGCCGAGGUCUUUCAAGCGCAUGUUUCUGAAUUUCUCCAGAAGACUACUACGAAGAAAGAAAGCCGCAAGUACAAGGCGGAACGUCACUUGUGGAAUGAAAAACUUGUGAGUCUCGAGCGCUUUUUGAUUUCAGACGCCGGGCUGCCUCAUCGACCGUGGUUCAAGCACAUGAUUUUCGGGCCGGGCUUCUACGAAGGCUACAAGGGAGCUACGUUCCCAGGUAUCUCAGACAGCAUCGUGUUUGAGGACGAUAGCGCUGCGAUUCAAGCCCAUGUGGAUGAUGUCGCCGCAGUCAUUAAUACAGCUGCGGCUUAUUUUACGUCUGUGUAG